AUGGCCGACACCAUUAAUUCAAAGAAUUGGUCAGUAGCUCUGGAUGUUUGGGUUUCAUAUUACAAAGGCGAGGUCACAAAGACUCGACCGAAUCUAGAACGAUUGCAACAGCUUGGGAGUCUUGCUCAAAAGGGAGACCUGUACUUUGACUUCAGAGCUUACCUGGUUGGCGAAGGUAAAGAUCAGCACAAAGAAAUUCAGAACGACAUGGUUGCCAAGAGAGCUCUCUCUGCCCUAAGGAGAUUUUUUGCCAUUUUGGCGCUGCGAGAACCAUGCCCGCCGGCUCAAGCAAGUAUCAUUCUCGAAGCUCUUCGCGACAACAAUGAAUACAACACAUAUCUCAAUACCAUGUUUAAUCGCUGGUAUGAUAAAUUGGAAGACCGAUCCACUAUGGAACAGCUUCCCGCCAUCUACCAGAAGCAACGGGAAUUGCCAGAUGCGUCGCCUGCUAUGCCUGUGUAUCGUGGCAUGUUCAAGGUAAACUUUCCAAAUAAUAGAGCUAGACUGGAAGAAUUGCACCAUGACUGGGUCCGAUUCAAAGGCGGCUUGAACCAAUGGGGCUACGAAAAGUUUCUCAAGUACUACGCAUCAAGAGGCGACGUGCCAUCGGUUAAGAAGCUCUGGGAUCAGUUCAUAAAAGAGUACCCAGAGCUACUUAGGGAGCCCCGAGGAUUCAACAGUCUGAUCAACGUACAUGCUCAAGUAGGAGACGUUGAGGGUGUCAAGGAAGUGCUCGGCACAAUGGUCGACCGGUAUAACGUCCAGCCGGAUCUCGACAACUGGAACAUGCUGCUCAAGGCCUAUAUGAGAACCAAUGACUAUGACGGUGUUUUGGAUCUAUUCGAUCAAAUCUCAAGUCAACACGAGCCAGACUCGUACACGUAUGCCCACGUUAUGGCAAUGAGCUCCAAGAAGGGCGAUCUGGAUACAACCCUGGAGUACUUUACUAAAUCUCAGCAAGCUGGUGUGCCUAUCACAAGGGAAAUGGGGCUGGCCUUGGUAGUGGCAUACGGUCGAAAUGCUCAACUUCUUGAGGCGGAAAGCUUGUGUAUCGAAAUGACCCACCGCAAGAUUGCUUCCCAAGCCAUCUGGAACCAGCUACUCAACUUCAACGGCGUUGAGGGAAAGAUUGACAAGGUGUAUGAAUUGCUCCGGCGCAUGAAAGAACUUGGCGUUGAAUGGGACGACCAGACCUAUCAGUUUCUCCUUCAAGCUCUCGUUAGGGUCAACCGGAUUCAUCCUGCCUACAAUCUCUUGAAGCGCGCUGUUGGUGAACGCUUGUUCCUGGUCACUCCAGAGCAUUAUGCCAUCGUCAUGGCUACAGGCGCGCGCCUCGGGGAAGCGCAGCUCGUGGAGAAUCUCUUCCAUCAACUUAAGAAAUCGGAGCUGCCUGUAACUUUCAACGCUCUGGUUGCUCUAGUCACUUCUGCUGCCAACAAGAAGCCUGGCGCUGACCGAACGAGGGGUUUGGCAAACGAAUUCGUCGAAUACUUCCGCCAGGCGGCCGAGGCAGCCAAGUCUGGCAAAACUCCUUCUGGAGACUUCGCAGAUGCAAGCAACGUCGCGGGCCUCAAGCUUUCAACUCCCGAAAUCGGUCGAGCAAUUGCUCUGCUUGUCGAACUUCGAGAAUUUGGCUCGAUUGAAGAGCUGAUGGGCUUGUUUGUCCAGAUCUUCCCUCAGUAUCAGACCGGCCAGCAGUUCCCGCCUGAAAUAAUGUCCGCUUUGAUGCAUGCACAUUACGCGGACGAAAAUUAUGACAAGGUCCUGGAACUCUGGGAGAAGACAUGGCAAGAUGUCUACAAGUCUAGCCGGAAACGUUCAGGCGAUGGUAUUGCUGGUGGUACCGAAUACGAUUUGUGCCGUGUCGUGGACGUAAUGGCAAGGGCAUAUGCGGAGAAGGAAGAUGGAAAAGGCUUGAGCGAUACUAUCGACAAGGUCAUUGCAGCAGGCUUCAAGCUCACUCGGCAAAACUGGGUGAUCAUCAUUCGCAACCUUUCCGAGCUGGGCAGAUGGGAGCGCGCCAUGUACUGGUGCGAGACACUCCUAAUGCCUGGUUGGGAUGGCUGGGCCUACAAACGUGACAUCCCAGCCAAGAGGCGAAACACUCGAUUGUUGUCACCACCCCAUAAACUCGUCUUGCGUCUGCAGCAAAAAUGGCUGGAGAUGCGCAAGAUGGCGGCCUGGUCUCCAGACGUGUCCCGUCUCCUUUCCACGGUGGAGGAGAAGUAUCCCCGUCUGCACCAUGCCUUCACCACCUCGGAGAUUGAAUCUAUGCCUACAACAUACUCUGUCAACGGCAAAGAGAUUUCAGCUGGCGAGCUCGACGGUGUACUACAGGGUCUGCCUUAUCAGUCGCUACUGAAGGUCAAGGAAAGCCUGAAGCGAGAUCUAGAAAAGCAAAGGAAGAUCGAGAGAAGCCUGGGAACCCCCAAGGAAACUGUGGACAAGGCAGAGUGGAAGAAGAUGCUGCACGACAAGGUUCACCGAUACUCCAAAAUGUGGUUCUCUGCGCGCAAGAAGGCGUAUGAUGAGCAGUUAACAAACCUACGUGGAUUCGAUUCCACGGGAGCCGUUAUCAGCAUCGAGGCCAAAGAGAUGGGGCAAGAGGACGCAGACCAUCGGGCAGCUCGCGAGCAAUUCGCUUACUGGAACGAGUUCUGGGAUCGUUAUGACCAGCGCAGGCAUGGCUAUGUGCCGAAGCAGCCGGCCCGUCCUUCAGGAUACCACAGAAAGAAUCCUUUGGAAGCGCAGAAGAUACGAGAGUGGCGAAAUGACCGCAAUGGACGGAACACUUAUUAUAACUGA